AAUAGAGAGAAGUACCAUGAUACAAAAAACGUGUAGACAUUAAGGGCAAGCACAGUUAGGUGAGAGGUUCUUUCAAACUAAUUACUCAAACUCAACUCACACUCUCUGAAUCAUAUAAGAUAUAAGGUGCUGCUAUUUUGCCAAAGGCUCUCAUCACUCCUGGACGUGCUCUUGAUUCACUCAUGUGCUUCUUUCCAGUUCUUGAUAAGAUAUGUUUGUCAAGCUAGCAGUUGCGGUAGUUGGCGGUCUUCUAGGUUGCAUAUAUGUGGUAUCAAAGAGACCUCCUUCAAAAGUUUGUGGAUCACCAGGUGGUCCCCCUAUAACUUCACCCAGAGUAAGGCUCGCUGAUGGAAGGCAUUUGGCUUAUAAAGAAGUGGGCGUUCCCAAGGAAACUGCCAAGUUUAAAGUCAUAAUUAUUCAUGGCUUUGCUAGUUCCAAAGACAUACAUCUGCCUAUUUCUCAGGAACUAAUAGAAGAGCUCCAGAUAUAUAUCUUGUCAUUUGACAGAGCAGGUUAUGGAGAGAGCGAUCCAUAUCCAAAGCGCUCAGUCAAGAGUGAGGCAUAUGAUAUACAACAAUUGGCAGACAAUUUGCAGAUCGGUCCUAAAUUUUAUGUGAUUGGGAUCUCGAUGGGAGCUUACCCUGUCUGGAGUUGCCUGAAAUACAUACCACACAGGUUGUCUGGAGCUUCACUAGUAGUCCCAUUUGUCCACUACUGGUGGCCUUGUUUUCCUGCUAGCCUGUCCAAAGAAGCUUUGAGUUUAUUACUUGUGCAAGACCAGUGGGCAUUUAGAGUUGCACAUUAUGCCCCUUGGCUCUUCAAUUGGUGGAUGACUCAAAAAUGGUUUCCUUCUUUAUCUAUCAACGAAGGUAACAUGGCCAUUUUCAGUGAACCGGAUUUAGAGAUACUAAAGAAUGCGCCAGAAACUCCAAGUACUGAUCAGGAAAAGAUAGUACAGCAAGGAGAGUACGAGUCUCUGUAUAGAGACGUAAUGGUUGGAUAUGCGAACUGGGAGUUUGAUCCAACAGAUCUUCAAAAUCCUUUCCCCAACAAUGAAGGCUCAGUUCACAUUUGGCAAGGCUUGGAAGAUAAGAUAAUUCCGUACAGCCUUAACCGUUAUCUCUCACAAAAGCUUCCAUGGAUUCGAUACCAUGAAGUUCCUGAUGCUGGACACCUUUUAGCAUUUAAAAGAAACUUUUGUGAGGCUAUUAUUAGGGACCUAUUACUUAAUUGAAACUGUCUCACAUUGAUAAUCCUGAUUAAUUAAAAGGGAUAAUGUAUAAUAAACAUCACAUUCUAGUAAAAUCCUGCUGCAUCAUUUCUUGUA